AUGGCACAUCUUCGCGCGAAAUGGGUCAAGCAGAUGAUGUCUCGCGGUGUCAAAGUCGAGGCUGUGAAGGGUGAGGAGAAGAGCACGAAACCCAAAGAAGAUCCACCCAGCGUUGAAAGCCUGACUCUAGUUGAUGAGAAUCAGGGUGAUGAGGAUGAGGAUGAGGAUGAAGGUGAGGAAGAAUAUGAGGGUGAGGGCGAUGGCUAUGAGGGCGAUGGCUAUGGAGGUGAUGGCUAUGAGGGUGACGACUAUGAAAAUGAAGAUGAAGGCGAGGAUGAUGAGGGCGAUGGCUUUGACGAUGAGCUCGAGAAUGGCGAGGAGGAGAUUACCGAGCACGAGGUUGUUUUGGACGUGAGAGAGCCGGCUUUUAACUGGAGCUGGUGGUUUGAGGGUCGGGGGUCGACGUACCCUCAAGGGCGCUAG